CCCGUGACCCGGAGAUGGAAGUGCGACGCGGAGAGGGAGGCGGCAUGGCGGGCGGGCUGCGGCUGGAGAACGCCAACCCGCUGGUGUUCAGCCGGAGCGCCGAGCGGCCUGUCACUGCCGCCGAGCAGGACGAGCGGCAGGCCGAGCUCAUCGACGGCAGGGAGGUCUUCGAUCUGAUCAGAUCAAUCAAUGACCCAGAGCACCCACUGAGUCUGGAAGAACUGAACGUGGUGGAACAAGUUCGCGUUAAUGUGGUCGAUCAAGAGAACAGUGUAUCAGUCGCCUUCACGCCUACAAUCCCUCACUGCAGUAUGGCCACACUGAUUGGCUUAUCCAUCAAAGUCAAGCUGCUGCGAUCUCUACCCGCCCGCUUCAAGGUGGAUGUUCACAUAACACCAGGGACUCACGCCUCUGAACAUGCAGUGAACAAGCAGCUGGCAGACAAGGAGCGAGUGGCUGCGGCUCUGGAGAACUCUCACCUGCUGGAGGUCGUCAAUCAGUGCCUGUCAGCCAGAGUCUGAGCUCCUCGCCGACACUGGAACACUGGGUGCUGGCGGGCCAGGCUCCUGGGACAAGGGACAGGGUUUUGGCCGGGUGUCUGCAGGUGUGUGUGCGCACACUUGGGUACGUGGAGUGGGUGUGCCUGAGUGUGAGUGUGUAUACACAUUUGUGAACAAGGAGUAGCUGGACAAGGGAUAUCAGUACACGUGUGUGUACAUGGAGCAUGUGAGUUAGUGUGUGUGCAUGUGUGUGUAAGCUCACACUUGAGUGUGUGUGUUUGGGAUAUGGAAUCGUGAGUGUAUAUGUGUGUGGAUGGAUGUAUGUGUGUGUUUGUGUGUGUUUGUCUCUCUAGGAGUCAUGAAGCUGAACAAAGGUCUCUCUGUAGUCUGAACAAGAGUCAGAAAUCUUUCAUAUUCUUUGCGGGUGAAGGUGAUUACACACUGUCCCUUCUCUCCUGUCGGUCACUGUUGGUGGGGGUGGGCAGUGUUACUGCCAAGGCCCAGCACUGGGAGGGAUGGAAAUUAGUUAAUGAUCCCAUCCUCAGCAAUAACCUCUGGCCGCAAUCUAAGAUUAGUCCCUGGGGUUCUGGCAAAGCCGUCUCCCUGUCCUGUUGCUUGAUAUCCCCCUCUCACAGGUGUUACUUGUACUUGCUGACACACUGCUUUGCACACACAAGCCCCCUCAAUCCCAGGCACCGUACGGUGCGGCCAGUUGCAUUCGGAAUGUUUGCCUCUGGAUCGUUUUCCGCAGAUUAUUAACAGAAUAAACUCUGCUCUGCUCUGCUCUGUUCAGCAGUAGCUUUGAGAUGUAUUGUUUUGGGAAACAAAUACAGACUAGAUUUACUUGCAAUCCCUGACUUACCACAGUGGGUGUAAAAUCAUUCAGGUUAACAAGAUGAGUAAAUAUUUUAACUUUUCUAAUUACUAUAUCCACUUGUCUGGGAGGAGGCCGAAUGACAUUUGCCCCUCGCCCCACCUCAAAGUUAUCGUCAGUAGCAUUGCUGUCAGAGUAACACACAAAAUGCUGGAGAAACUCAGCCGGUCAGGAGGCAUCCACGGAGAGGAAUGAACAGUCAAUGUUUCCUGACCAAGAGUCUCUGCCUGAAACGUAGACUGAUUAUUCCUCUCCAUAGAUGCCACCUGACGUGCUGAGUUUCUCCAGCAUUUUGUGUGCUACUUUGACAGCAGUGUUACUGUAUUUUAUAUUUUACACAAGGAUGGUGCAUAUAUGGAACAAGCUACCAGAGGAAGUGGUAGUAUUUUGUGUGUGUUAUUCUGGAUUUCCAACAUCUACUAAAUCUUUUGUGUUGAUGAUAUGUUGCUGUCAAAUCUCUUUUAUUUGCAAAUGCGUGAAACCAGACUGAAUAAAAACUUCAAAGUGUG